AUGGGGGAACUCCGCCCAGGUCCUAUCAUCCACAUCAACGGACAUCCGGGCGUCGGAAAAUCCACCAUCGCAAAGAGGCUCACCGAGCUGUUUCCUCAUCUCAUGCUCGUGCAUGACAAGCUGUUUACCGACCUCACCGAUGCCCUAGUACCACGCGAUACCGAAGACUAUUUCAAAGUCUGUGACAAUUUCGUCGCAGCUUCCUUCCAGCCGAUUCAAUACUCUGAGGAGACCUUUGACCUCGGAUAUAUCUUCACCGACUUCAUGCCGAACGAUGAACAAGGUCGCGUUAGCAUGAGAGAAUACAUCCGCGAAGCGGCAAUUCCUGAUGACCGUCAGCGCGAGUUCAUAGCCUUCACACUCAUUUGCGAAGAGCAGGAAAACGUGCGUCGACUUAUCUUUCCAGAGCGACAGCAGAGUGGGAAGCUCACCGACCCCGAAGUCCUGCGCGAUGAACGCACCAAAGACUGUCAGCACGAUUACCUUGGGGACUGUCAUCAUAUCAUUGAUGUUACGCAUCUGGAGGUCGAUGCAGCGGCUCUUGCCAUCGCCCGACGCGUUGGACUACAGCUAGGGUAG